AUGGGACUUAUCUCAAAGACGUUCUUUAAAAUAUUUCCUUGUUUAAAACCAAAAGAUGUUAGAAAAAUUCCAUUACCAUUAAUUUAUCUAUAUGAUGACAAAAAGAAUAAAAAAUUCCCUGGGAAUAAAGUAUCAACCACAAAAUACUCAAUCAUUUCUUUUCUUCCUCUUUUCUUAUAUAAUCAAUUUAAACACGUAACUAAUAUUUAUUUUUUACUCGUUGCUAUUAUUUCACUCAUACCUCAAAUAAGUGCUACCAAUCCAAUUACUAAUGUUCUUCCUCUUGUUUUUGUUUUAUGUGUAUCAGGUAUUAAAGAAAUAAUUGAAGAUAUUAGGAGGUGGAUUGCUGAUCGUGGAUUCAAUAACGCUAAAUAUACUAGAGUAAAUGUAUCUGAUGGUAACCUUACAAGUAUUACUUCAGCUGAGGUAAGAACUGGUUAUGUUCUUGAAUUAAAAACAAAUGAUAGAAUUCCAGCUGAUUGUAUUCCAUUGAGUUCAUCAAACGAUGAUGGUAUUGUUUUUGUACAAACAGCUGCUUUAGAUGGUGAAACUAACCUAAAAGAGGUUUUUGUCCCAAAAGAUUUAAACAGUAUUGAUACAUUAAAAAUGAUAGGUACAAUGCAUUGUAAUCCACCAAAUGAAUAUUUUAAUCAAUACAAUGCAACAAUUAAACUAGAAGAUGGAAAUGGUUCAACAAAAGAUAUUCCUGUCUCUGCCGCUAAUCUAUUAAUUGGUGGAGCAGUAAUUAAAGAUACAGAGAAAUGUACUGCCUUAGUUUGUCAUUGUGGAAAACAUUCUAAAUUAGCACUAAACCAACCAUCAUUAAGAACUAAAUUUGCACAUACUGAUGCAAGAAUGAAUCAAUUUGUAUUCGGGAUUUUUUGUUUUAAAAUAGUUAUUGUCAUUGUUGCUACUAUUGCAGGGUCUUUAUUCCUUGUACAUACUGGAAGAGAUUCAUGGUAUUUAGACAUUGAAGAGAUUAGUGUUGGAAAAAAUACUGUUCAAACAUUUUUUAGAUAUUUUGGGUUGUUGUCUUACUUAAUUCCAAUUUCAUGUGCUGUUUCCCUUGAAGUUGCUAAAUUCAUUCAAACAAUGUUAAUGGAAUGUGACACUGAUUUUAAUAUUUAUAGUGUUGAUGAAGAUGGAAAACUUAUUACAGAAAAAAUGGCUGCAAAAACAUCUAUAUUAAAUGAUGAAUUAGCACUUGUUGAAUAUGUGUUAUCUGAUAAAACUGGUACAUUAACUGAGAAUUCAAUGAUGUUUAAAAUGGCAUCUGUUGAUGGUGAGGUUAUUGAAGGGAAAAAGUUAGAAGAAAAUUUUAAAUUAUAUUGGAAUAUUGACAAUGAGAAAAAUGGAAUGGAAGUUAUGGAUAAAAGAAAUGAAGAUAUCAACUACGUCAGUGAUACAAAAAUUACUAUGAAAGAAGGAGUUGAUAAAGUAAAAGCUCAAGCUAUUAAAGAUUAUUUACUUGCUCUUGCUAUUUGCAAUGAGGCAAGACCUAAGAAAGAAGGAAACAAAAUAAAUUAUCAGUCUCAAUCACCAGAUGAAGUUGCGUUAUGCCAACAAGCUGUUGACAGUAAUGUUUUAUUCUUUAAAAGAACACAAACAAUGAUCUACGUAUCAUUCUUUGGUGAAAUAUUAGAAUUUAAGGUUUUGGCAAUCUUCUCAUUUAAUUCAGACAGAAAAAGACAAAGUGUUAUUGUUCAAACUCAUGAUGGUCAAAUUGUUAUGUAUACUAAAGGUGCUGAUUCAAUUAUUGCUGCUAGGACAAUUCAUGAAGAUAAAUUUGAAGUAACAAAUAAACAAUUACAAGACUUCAGUGUUGUUGGUUUAAGAACAUUACUAGUUACAAAAAAAGAAAUAAGCCAAGAACAAUAUAAUGAAUGGAGAAAAAAAUAUGAUGAGGCUGAUAGUAGUGUUGCAGGUCAUGAUGAAAAUGUUGCUUUAGUUCAAAAUGAAAUGGAGGUUGAUUUAAAAUUAAUUGGAGCAACUGCUAUUGAAGAUAAAUUACAAGAUGGUGUUCCAGAAACAAUUGAAUUUCUUAUUAGAGGAGGAAUUAAAGUAUGGAUGAUUACAGGAGAUAAAGUUGAAACUGCGAUUAAUAUUGGAUUAUCAUGUAACUUAUUAACCAAAGAAACUUUUAUUUGUAAAUUAAGAAAUGCUCCUGAUGAAGUUGAAAGUAAAGAAGAAUUUACUACUAAAAAGUUAGUUGAAAUGGAUGAAGAAAUAGAUAAAGAAAUUGAGAGAUGUAAAUCAGAAGGUAAGACAUAUAAUAUUGGGUGUGUAUUUGAAGCAGGUGCUUUACAAAUUGUUAUGGACCAUGCAAAAGAAUUAUUUAGACAAGUUAUUUUGAAAGCUUCUGUUGUUAUUUGUAGUAGAGUUACACCAAAACAAAAAGCUAUGAUUGCUAAAACUGUCAAAGAAGCAACUAAAAAAGUUGUAUUAACAAUUGGAGAUGGUGCAAAUGAUGUUGCAAUGAUUAAUGAAGGAGAUAUUGGUGUUGGAUUAUUUGGUAAAGAAGGAACUCAAGCAGCAAGAGCAUCUGAUUAUGCAUUAAGAAAGUUUAGGCAUGUAGCAAAAUUGAUUAUGUUUCAUGGGAGAAAUUCACUUUUAAGAAAUGUCACAUUAAUUAAGAUGUGUUUCUACAAAAAUGCAUCAUUCUUUUUAAUAUUGUUUUGGUAUUCAUUCUUCAAUGGACAAAGUGGAAUGUCAAUGUAUGAUGACUAUACCAUGACUUUCUUUAAUAUUUUCAUUACAUCAUUACCACCAGUUUUUAUUGCUUGUUUAGAUAAAGACCUUUCUUAUCAAGUUAUUAAAGAUAAUCCAGAAGUUCAUCGUGGUAUUUUAAGAGGAAGCAGAAUGAGUUUAGCUAGUUUCCUUGAUUGGUUAGGACAAGGAAUAUGGCAAUCUUUAUUAUUAACUUUUGUAUUUCAUUUUAUGUUAGAUGAUGUAGAUGUUUAUAGUUCAAAUGGAAAAGCAGGUGGAUGGGCAGUUGUAUCAAUGUAUUUAACAUUUAGUGGAUUUUUUAUGGUAUUUUUCACAUUAUGUACUCAAGUAAAAACAUGGAAUUUAUGGACAUUAGCAUCAUUUAUAAUAUCGUUAGUUUUAUUCUUUAUUUUUAUGUUAUUAAUUGUUUAUUGUCCAGGUAUUUCUAUUAGGGAUCUUUCUAAUGAUGUUUUUAGUAUUGUAUUUAGACAACCAUAUUUUUAUCUUGUGACACUAUUUACAGUGAUAGUAGGAAUAGUUCCAAACAUAUUACGAUUGUUUUGUUUAAGAUUCUUAGUUCCAGGAUAUUAUAUGGUUCUUCAAGAAAUUUAUAGUGAUAAAAAGUUUGAGAAUUAUGGAAAGAAACGUAAAAUUGUUAUUGAAGGAACUGAAGAAGCACACACUUAUUAUCAUGAGUUGUGUCUUUCUCAACCAUUGUUUAAUAAAUUACCAAAAGAUCAAAGAGAGAUGAAUGAAAUAACAAGUGAAGUUAAUGCCAAUGAUUUUGAAGAUUAA